UAGGGGGAGGAUACAGUGCUCUCUGGGUAAAGAAAAAAUAAAACCCCUUGUUGAUGGGGAGAGAAGGGAUGAUCUGCAAGAGGUGAUAAAUUAAAUUCUACACACAGACUGAAGAACAGCAUAAAAUAUUCAAUGCCCCUUCGUUUAAAUGUGACUUGGACAACUGCAGGUCUGUAAUUCUGCUUCAGUAGCGUGGGAGGACUUGAAUGAUAUUGAGAGGAAAAACCAGGGGUAGUUCCUGGAGGUAAGUAAACAUUGGUGUAUGAAAUAAAGGCUUCCCAGUUGGUAUUGACAGUUUAGAGAACAGUUGUUGAGAAAAGAGAAUCAAAAUAUAAAAGAUUUCCUUUAAAUGGAUAUUGUAGAAGGAGCUGUUUUUUUAUUGACUUUGCCUAAUGUCAGAGCCUCUGGGAUGUGUCAGUGUGGUUAUUUUUUGGGAAGCUUGAGGUGCUCAACAGUAUUUGAAUGGCUUAAGUUGGGUAGUGUAAAUAGACAUCAGAAUGGGAGAAACUUUGCAGGUGUUGUCUUUGCUACUGUAAUUCUGGCAUGGUAUCGUAAUGUAACGGGACGUUAUUAUUUAUUCUUUUGUUGUUAAUUGUUUAGGUUUCUUAGUUGAUCUUAAUUUGAUAGACCAACAAAAUCUACGCAAACCCAACAGCUCCCAAGACAGGUAGAUUUCUUCAGGACUGGAUUUGGUCAGUGUUGGUGUUUGGGGCUUAUGUGUCCUACAGUUAUAUCUAAGUUUUGCUCACCUGCUUAGGACAGGCCUUAGGGGAUUUAGUUCAUGCUAGAAGAGAGCUGAGCAGUGUGGUGUGCGCUUGCUGGUGGCCCUCAGAGCAUCUACGUGAGUACAGCAACUCUUGGACCUUUUAAAGAGUGCUUACAAGUGAGGAUGCAGACAAGCAAGGGAAUUUGAAGGGUAAUUAGCCAAGGGCUUCUUCCUCCACACCUUCCUUUCAUCUUCCAGUGAGAGUUCAGGGUAACAAUCAGUGAGUCCACCCAUGGCUCAUGUGGGAGCCAAGCUUGUAGCCCAUGUGUGCAACCCCUGAUGCUGUUGGAGGGGGCCUGACCAUACAUCCUUCUGCCACUGGUGGCUGCAGUGCUGAGGGAGGAGGGUGAGACCAGGACUGACAUGUGCCCAUCCUUCUCCAGCAAAACCUCUUACUACACCAGCAGUGAUGCUUCUGCAACUCUGAUCUUAUACAAAUGCUCCUAAAUCAGUAAGAGUUGCUGAGCAAACCGUGCUUCUCAAGAGGUGAUGGGCUCAUCGAUAGAUGCAAAUUACACUGCACUUCCCCUGAAUAUUCUUCUAUUUAUUUAUUUACUUGCAAGGUCCCUGUCUCCCCAGUGAGCAACCUGAGGUUCAGCAGGGUGUGUCCAGCUGAUCCCUUUGCUUUCUGCUUCUCAUUAGCUCUGCUGAUGCUUGCUCCUGUUGGCUUCUCUUGCUUCUGAGUUUGCAAUAGGGGAUGGCAAUAACCCACCUUUUAUCCACAAGGCCCUCAGCUGUGGGAUGUGCUCCUCUCUCCUCCAGCUUCACAUCUUGACCUUAGGAGGAGACUUGUGGAUUAACUCCUGAGAGGCACAUAGGUUUAUUUAUUUAUUUUAACCCUUAUUUUAUUUUAAUGGUCAGGAAACAUGGGAAGAAUGCGAAUGAGUGAAUGCCUUCUUUGAUUUGCCUUAAUUCCUGAGGAUAAUCUGCUAACCUGGCAGGCACCGGCCACGAGUGGAACUGCUGCCCUAAACUCUGGCUACUUUGCAGGGAUAACCUGAAAUCAUGAGGCUUUCCAUCCACGUCUGAAAAACUCACAAUGGAGCAUUUACCCUAAAAAAAGCACAAGUGUGGCAUCUCCCCCCUCCCCAGAGGGACAAGCAGAGUGACUGCAAGAGGAAAACCCACAGCAGCCAGCAGUGAGGGUGCUGGUACUCAGCUUGUGCUCCAAGCUCUGCUGUGACCAUGUCCCCUCCACUCACCUCGGACCUGGGCUAUGUGCCCCCUGAUGGCGGCUGGGGCUGGGCUGUGGUGUUUGGAGCCUCCAUCUCAGUAGGAUUCUCAUACACCUUCCCGAAAGCUUUCACCAUCUACUUUAAAGAGCUCCAGGCUGUUUUCAGCAUCUCCUACAGCCAGCUUGCCUGGAUCACAUCCAUCAUGUGCGCCACCACCUAUGGGGGAGGUCCCAUUAGCAGCAUUUUAGUGAACCGCUAUGGCAGCCGACCUGUGGUUAUCCUCGGAGGCCUGCUGUGUGGCAUUGGGAUGGUCUCAGCUGCCUUCUGCACCAGCAUCGUGCAACUCUACAUUUGCGUGGGCUUCAUUACAGGACUGGGACUCGCUCUCAACCUCCAGCCAUCAGUGAUAAUCAUAGGGAAAUACUUUUUGAAGAGAAGACCUAUUGCCAAUGGCCUUGCUAUGGCAGGAAGCCCCGUCAUGCUUUGCACCUUGGCUCCUCUCAACCAGUUCCUUUUUGACAAUUAUGGCUGGAGGGGCAGCUUUUUAAUUCUUGGUGCAAUUUUAUUGCACUGCUGUGUUGCUGGAGCUCUCUUCAGACCCAUCAGUGCAGACAAAACCCCAGUCAAAACCCAAACAAUUGAGGAAGGGAAGGAGGUCCUGAAAGAAGAAGUCACUAAAGAUGCCAUAGAAAUAAACAGUCCCACUAACAUCUGUACAGAGACCAAAACAGAAGAGGAGGAAGAAAGGGACUGUUGUGAAAAAGUCAAUAAGUAUCUUGAUUUUUCCCUCUUUAAGCACAGAGGGUUCUUGAUUUACCUGAUUGGAAAUGUGCUCAUGUUCCUGGGUUUCUUUGCCCCCAUUGUUUUUCUGGCACCCUAUGCAAAGCACAUUGGCAUUGACGAAUAUUCAGCUGCUUUCCUCCUUUCAAUUCUUGCUAUCGUGGAUAUGGUUGCCAGGCCGACCACUGGCAUCAUUGCAAACAGCAAGUGGGUGAGGCCACGGAUUCAGUACUUCUUCAGCUUCUCCAUCGCUUUCAAUGGCGCUUGCCAUCUUCUGUGCCCAUUGGCUUCAGGCUACAAAGGGCUCGUCGUUUACUCAGUCUUUUUUGGCUUGGCCUUUGGCAUGGUUUGUGCCAUGCUUUUUGAAACUCUCAUGGACCUUGUGGGAGCCUCCCGCUUCACAAGCGCUGUUGGUUUGGUCACCAUAGCAGAGUGCUGCACCAUAUUGCUGGGACCACCCAUUGGAGGAACACUCAUUGAUACCUUUGGGGACUAUAAAUAUAUGUUCAUUAAAUGUGGGGCUGUGAUGGUCCUGGCAGGAACGUUCCUGUUCAUCAUGAACUACUAUAAUUACCGUAUGCUUGCCAAGGAGGAGAAGAAAAGAAAGGCAAAAGAAGAGGAUACUAAACCCACAAGGACAGAAAAUGAAGGCGGAAAUAACUGGAACAAAGAACACAUACAGGAUGGACCUGAGUUGGAACCUCUGAGAGAGGAACAAGAAGGACUAAAGAAGGAAGCAAAUGGCAUAAAUGAAGUUUAAACCUGCUCUCAUGGGCUGAACAGGGAAUUACCUCCAUGCUGCUUAUGUUGGCACUAGCAGUGAAAUCACACCAGAUUUUUAAAUUUUGCCCUGUACUUUGCCACGUGUCUUAAGAGAAAACUAGAACAGAAACGAAUUUAGUUUCUUAUAAAGUGCUGGGACACACAGAGCUGUAUCCAUCCACGUACCAAAGGAUCUGAACCAUUUUUCUUCAGACAUUUCCCAUUUUCUAGAGGGCCUGUAACCACUACCCUACUAUCAUUCCAAGUACUAUAGCUCUGUUUGGUGAAAAGGGCAAUGACCAUCAGGAUCAAUGCUGAGCCCUUCCACCGGCUUGUAUGGGCUUUGCAUUGAGCACUGUGGUGGCUGGAUCUACUCACCACGCAGUCUUUGACUCUUUGAUUGCAGCAUCAGAGUUAUCCCAGGAAUUUGGUACCACCUCUAUCUUCUGGAAACAGAAAAUAGACAAUAUGUUCAUCUUAAAUACAGGAGCUAGAGCCAACUGAACACACAAGGACAGUACAUGCCUGCGCUGGCAGCAAAGCAGCCUGUUCUGUGGCCAGAGUAUGCUAGAAAGGAGCUGACUUGGGUUGGCUCAUGGUAGCUUGACCAUGGACUUCCUCAGGGACCUCUGCAAGUAGCAAAAUGCCAUUUUUCAGGGGGAAUACACCAAGCUAAUAUACUGCAGGAGUUCUUAUUCUAGGUCAUUUGUCUGUGCUGGGCAGAAACUUGGUCUUAAACUGCUUAAACUUUGGGGUUUUUUUUUUUGUUUUUUUUUUUUUUCUUUUCUUUUCCCCUAAGAGAUCGCAUAUAACUAACCAAUAUCUAAAUGCCUUGUAGUUUUUAGUUUUUUACAGCACCCUGGUGAAGCAAUAAUUACAAGUAGUUAACUGUACAAAUGAAGUACUGAGAAACUAUGGGCAUCAAGUCAGUGAAUAAAGCUUAGACAUGCCACAGCUGAAAUGGGAUCCAUUGCCCUGAGUCAAGAAGCUUGCAUACGGAAGAAAGCAAUCAGCAGCUGAGGAGGGGAGCUGACAGCCUGCCAGCUGAGCACAGGCAUCCUACUGCUAGAAAAUAGAAAAUACCAGCAAGUGUGCAUUAAACCACUGCCUGCCUCCUUUGUGCAUUGUGCUACUUAAGCAUAAUGAUUUAAAACACUGUCUUAGAGCUGAAACUUUGUGCAUCCAUCCUGGAGGGAAUCUGAACACAGCUGCCUCCUCCCAGCUAGUCACCAUCCCAUUGCUGGUGCUGCAAUACCUGGUGGCCUCAUGCUGUCCUCCAUGCUGCAGGAAAUACUGCUUCCCUGGGUCAGUGUUGCAGAAGUAGAGCUAAGGCCAUGUAGGAAUCUCUCCUCCGCUGGUGAUAAUGUUGAUCUGGGUUCUGACAACAAGCACUGAUUCAUUUUGUAAUAAGCGGCCAUUGCCUGAGCACUGUGGAUGGUCAGCAUGGCAUCCCACAGCGGAAUCAUGCAUCUUUUUGAGUUUAGCUCCUAGUGUCCAGGUAAAAACAAAGACUUCAGAGGCAAAUGACCCAAACCUGAAGGUAACAGCUGCCCAUAGAGCAGCUAUCACCUUUCUUUGCUUCAGUGGAACCUGUAUGUGAUCAAAGAAAGUCUUAUUUUUCCUCCCAUGUGUUUAUCACCCAAGAGAUGUAUUUAAUUAUCACUUACAUACAUGCUAUGAAGAACGACUUGUAAAAAUCCUUCCAUAGAUACACUGUCUUCUUAAAUGUAGAUUGCUCAUAUCUCAUAGAAAAGUUCUGCAGUGAAACCUUUCAUUCCACUGAAGAAUAAUGGUCUUUAUCUAUUGACUGAGGUAGGACUUGAAUUUAUUCCUUAUAUUGCAUUUCUUGGAAAAUAAAAACAAAAUUUGUAAAACACA